GGGCUAUUCGGGAACAAAUUGGCUAUUCUGACAACAUCAUGGAUGAUGAAUAUCUCAACAACGAGUACAAAGAUCUGAGCUACAGUGCAGAGGAGUACUUUGAAAACAUCCUACAGAACCUGGAGUACGUGCAGAAGAAAUACCUGCGGAAACUGAGAGUCAAAGUCAACAAAGAGGAGUGGGUAACUGGAGCUGCUGUUGUCAACGCCUUCUACUCAGUCAGCAAAAACCAAAUAGUGUUCCCUGCAGGUAUCCUCCAGCCACCUUUCUUCAGCAAAGGCCAGGCCAAAUCUCUCAACUAUGGUGGCAUUGGCAUGGUAAUCGGUCACGAGAUCACACAUGGCUUUGAUGACAACGGUAUGACUUUUCCACACUGUUGCUCUCUGUUCCUCCCAGAGGCCAUUUUGGCAGAUGACAUUGGUCUUUGGAUAGAAAUACUCUACUGCAUUUCCCUUUCUAUAACUGGUACAAUGCCAUUUCAGGGGAAAUAAAGAGUUUUGAAAUGCCAUUCCUCCAGGCCGACCCAGGUCUUUUUUCACAACACUCGAAUUCAAAGGGCUUUGUGAUGCUAUGUUCAAUUUCAUCAAUUGCAAAGAUGUCAGGAUACUUUUAUACUGAUUUACUGCAAGCCACCCAGAACAGAAUGGAAGAAUGUAACUGAGGUCAGUUGCC